AUUCAACGCUGUAAACAAAUUCUUUAUGAUAAAUUUGUUUCUCUAAAUUCCAAAACGAAUAAAUAUCUGAAACAAAAUCCAAAAAUAAAGAGAAAAAUACGCAACAACAUAUACAAAAUGGGUGACAACGGUGAACAUAAUGAACAAAAUAAUCAACCGCCAUCGGGGCAGUUACCACCACCACCAACUGGGCAAUUUAUUGCUCCUGGUGCCUUUCCUGGCUCAUUGACACCCGGUUGGAAUGAUCCGCCAUCAGUUUCGGCCGACAAUGCUAAUAGCCGUCGCCCACGGCUGGACUUGCGCAAACGUGUGCCGUUUCCUCUCGAUGGCAGCAGCAACGCAACCAUUACCACUAUCACUAAUAGAGGAAACGCACAUGAAGGUGGAGGCCCACCUGUAAAUGUACGUCCCGUGGCCAAAGUCUCGCCACAGCGUCUCGACAUGCCCGCUGACGUUGGCAACAACUCCAAUAAUGGAAACGAUAACAUUCCCCAGCCACGCCUGCAGUCGCGUGCUCCGGGCAACUCUGACAUGUCCAAGGUACCCGUGGCGAAGGUUCCGCCGCGUCAAAAGUAAGAUGCGGUUCUCGACUAUAGCAAGCAAUUUAUUAAGUUUAGCCAUUUGUGUAACAUAUUUAUGUGUAUUUUAUUUUAUUUGGCUAUUACGAUAGUUUUAUAUCGAUUAAAUAUAAAGCAUUUAAUGUAA